AUGCGCUUCUUCAUUCCUAUGUCUCUGGCUGCUGUGGUUGCUGCACAGAUUAGUGAGGUUACUUCAACGGUGACUGCUGAUGCAACCACUGCUGUGAAGACUACUGCGGUUGUCGCAAGCACUACUGUGGUAGAUACUGCGACUACUGCGGUUACUCCUACGACGGUCUCUGAUGCGGCAACGACACUCGAUGUAGAUACGAGUGUUAUUUCUACCACAGAAUGCCAGACCACUACAGUACCUAUUUCUACGGGAGCCAACGCCUUACAGCCGGCCAGUAUUACCACUGGAACUACUGGUGUUACGACAGCUGCUGCCGUCACUACGAAGACGCUUGAUCCUACUAUCUAUGCUGUAGCUACAGUGGCCCCAGCGACAUAG